AUGGAGGACGCCGCAGCCACGGUGGCGGACCACGCCUUCUUCCAAUAUGAGCGCACACUGCAGCGCGAGUCAAACCCCGAGCUCAUAAUCACCCUUCCACCGGCGCAAUCCACCCCUGCCCUGCCGCCAGCUGGCACACCGCCACCUGCACCCGCAGGGAACACUGCAGCAGACGGGGCUGAGCAGCCCAAUGACGCAAUUAGUCAGCAGGGUGGAGACAAGGGGAAUGUGGAGCAGAAGGAGAAUGGAGCAUUGGCGGGACAUGAGGCCGGGGAUGGCCUGCGUACUGUUGUACUGCGUGUGGAGUAUGAGCUAAAUGACCCUGGCUCUGGGCUGCUCUUCUGGGGCGCCUACGUGCACACCAACAACCAGGUGCGGCGUGCGAGGGCGUGGUUGCCCUGUGUGGAUACCCCCAACGGAGCGUGCCCCUUUGACAUGCGCGUCACCGUUGGGGCGCAUGAGACGGCGGUGGCGUCGGGGGAGCUAACAAAACAGACGUGGGCGAGCCAGAACCGGCGCACCUUCCACUUCGCCAUCAGGCACCCCACGCCUCCCCGGCACCUGGCACUGGCCGUGGGGCCUUUCGCGGUGCUGCCCGGGCAGACCAGGGCAGGGGCGGGCAGCCCGCAGCAGGAGGAGGCAGGGCAGCCCACAGCAGCGCCAACUGUCAUCACCCAUUUUGCGCCGGAGAAGCUGCGGCUUCAGCUGGAGCACGCCACCAAAAUAUUCCCGCUGGCGUUCAACCUCUUUGAGGACUUUCUGGGCGCCCAAUUUCCCCUGCGAUCCUGCCAUCAGGUGUUUGUGCCUGGGGAGGGCUGUAGCGAGGAGGUCAUGGCAAGUGCUGGCAUGUGCAUCGCCUCCGCAGACCUGCUCUUCUCAGAGAGCACCGUCGAGCAGGCGGUAGAGUCCUGGCUGGUGCUGGUGCGCGCGCUGGCGAGGCAGUGGUUUGGGGUGUGGAUCCGCCCCAAGAUCCCAGCGGACGAGUGGCUGCUGGAGGGCCUGGCUGGCUUCCUGGAAAAUCUCUUCCUUGCCAAGUAUCUCGGCCGCAACGAGCUGCUCUACCGGCGGCACAAGGAGAGGGAGGCGAUCUUCCUGGCGGACGACGGCAACGCGCCGCCGCUGUAUGUCAAGGGCCCCCCCGGGUUCCCCUGGGGCGCGCUGCAUGCAACUGAGAGCCUCGGCCCCGGCGCUGCGCUGCGGCGCUGGAAGGCAUCGGCGGUGAUCCAGAUGUUGGAGCAGCGAGCGGGGGAGGACAAUUUUAAGCGCCUGCUCAGCCGAAUUGUCAGGGCCUCCUGCCAGCCUGCCACUGCCCAGGGUGCCAAUCCACGGCUACUGGGCACGCACGAGUUCCUGAACCAGAUAGUCAAGGCGGGCGGCAAAGAGAGCAAGCACGAGAUCUCGGCCUUCCACCAGCGCUGGAUCAUCGGCCGCGGCUGCCCGCUGCUCACAGCCGCCGUCGUCUUCCACAGGAAGCGGAGCACGCUGGAACUUGCCAUCAGGCAGACAGGGCCGCAGGCAGCCAGGGCUGCCGCCGAGAAGGUGGCUGCCAAAGAAGGCUCCUCUGCUGGCUUUAUUAAGGUGUUGGUGAGGGAGACAGAGGCACCGGUGGAGCAUCCAGUCAACCUUGGCACAGCAGCGCUGAGGCUGGUGGAGCUGAAGGUGACCAGCAAGCCCGCCAAGCCCAAGCCCGGCAAGCCCGGGCGUAAGAAGAAGCUCCAAGUUGUCCAUGAAGACCUGGACGAUGACGGCGAUGCAACCAUGGCCGACGCGCCCGACGUCGCAGGCGAGGCGAGCCGGCUGCCAGUGGAGUGGGUGCGACUGGACCCGCACGGCGAGUCACUAGCCGCCGUGCGCCUGGCGCAACCGGAGGUGAUGGCGUCCGCGCAGCUGGAGCGCUCCAAGGAUGUGGCCGCGCAGUCAGCGGCCAUUGCCCAGCUGGCAGCGCUGCGGCCGACCUCCUACGGCGUCGUCAACGCGCUGCGCGCAUGCAUGCAGCACGCCGCCACCUAUUGCCGGAUCCGCGUGGAGGCCGCCCUUGCGCUGGGAGCCACGGCGGGGCCCUCCACAGCCUGGAGCGGCCUUGAGCACCUGCUCAAGUACUACCGCACGCGCAUCUUUGACUCUGAUAUCGGCCUGCCACGCCCCUGGCAGUUCACAGACCUCUCACAACACUACGUGGACCAGGCGCUGCCGCACGCGAUAGCAGCGGUGAGGGACGCGGCCGGGCACAGCUUCCCGGAAGCUGCCGAGGCGCUGCUGGAGCACCUGGACCACGCGGACAAUUCAGGCAACGCCUACAGCGAUGACAACGCCCUCGCAGCCCUGCUCGACGCCCUCGGCAGCCUGCACCUGCAAUCCCCCGAUGCCAUGGCGGGCAUUUUGGAUCGGCUGGAGCGCUAUCUGCAGCGAGAGGCGGUCAUGCCGUCCUUCCACAGCAUAGUCGGCUGCACAGCGCUCACCUCCCUCACUAGCCUGGCCGUCAGCAUGCGCAGCCCCCCCAAACAGAAGGCCAGGCUGAGGCUCUUCUUGCAGCGAUACAGCCGGCCAGAUGCGCCGCACCAUCUGCGGCUGACGGCUGCGCAGUGCUCUGUGCGGAUCGCGGCCUGCACUGACGGCGCCGAUGGCGCGGUGCAGGCUGCUCUGGCGGCCCUGGCUGCCGAGAAAUCCCCUGCUCUCAGGGGAGCAAUUUUGGAGUCGUUGCUGGGGCUACUGCACAGGCCGGCGGCGGCUGCAGCCAGAUCAGGCGGCCCUGCAAAGUCCGGCACAGCUGCAAAGACAAAGAUCGUUUCGAUGGCUGUGCUGGCUCAGCUGCAUGCGCUGCUGUCUGCGCACGGCGAUGUCGGCCUGCGCCACCUGGCAUUCAUGGCGUUGAUGCGCCUCGGCGGGCUGGCGCCCACACUCUUCCGAGAAGAGGAAAAAUUCGCCGUCGCCGGGCCGGCGAUGAGCAUGGAGGUGGGCACGCAAAGGGUCAUGCCGACGGCCUCCGGCCCGGCCAUCUCAUUCGACAGCGGCGGCCGCCGGCCGCCUGUGCUGAAGCUGCGCUCCAGCUUCCUCGCGCCCACCCCGGAGACCGCCAAGCGCGGCGCAUCAGAGUUCUCUGGCGAGGGGAGCAGAGAGAGAACCCAGCAGCAGCCCACAAGGAGCAGUGCGCGACAGCGCAGUGAGCAGCCAAUUGUGGACUUGACAGAAGUCUCAAACCGGACUGCCACUGGCGCGCCUUCGGCCACGGCUGGGGCAGCACCAGCCGCGGCAGCUGCCAGUGAUCAAGAAGCCGUCUCGCCGGCGGUCACGCCGCAGGCGGCGUCCAAGCCGCUGAAGGUGAAGUUCUCCUUUGGAACCAGCUCGCGGCUCGCGCGGCCCCCUGCCGCCGAGCCAGCAGCGGCCGCCCCGGUGCCGCCGCCAGCUGACAACGGCUCCGGCAAGCGCAAGCUGGACGGCGCAGCCAGCGGCGAUGGCGCCGGCGCAGGUUCUCCUUUGGAACCUGCGCCGGCCAAGCGGCAGAAGAGGAAAGAAGCGGCGCUGGCGGAUCUCGCCGCGGCCGCACCCGCUGCGCGCAUGCAACCCGCACCGCGAGCCGCGACGCCUCCGGCCGAGCGCCGGGACGUCCUUGCCGCCUUUGCUCCCGAGCGACCGAUCGCCCGGCUGCCGUCGCCGUUUGCCGGGCCUGCCGUGCAGCAGCCGCCGCAGCCGCUGCCGCAGCCAAAGAAGACGAGCAAGGCGGCGAAGAAGGGCCGCACGACGCCGCCGGCGGUGGACAGCGCAGCCCGCGACGCGAUGCUGCGGGAUGUGAUGGAGAUUGCCCGCCGCUCUCCCACGCCACCGGCGCUGCAGCGGCCUCGGCAGACGACGCCACAGCCGCAGUCGCAGCGCCAGCCAACUCCACAGCGACAGCCGACGCCGCAGCCGGCACCACAGGGCCAGCCAGCUCCGCAGCGGCAGCCGACGCCGGUGCCGAUGCCGGCAGAGGGCGCGGCGCAGGCCGUCAGCCGGCAGCCGACCCCGCCGGUGUCCCGGAAGACGCCAGACGCUGCGCCGAAGCAGAGAGCUCAGGCGCAGCCGAGCAAGCGUGAGAAGCUUGCGGCUGCGCCAAGGCAGCCUGUGCAGCAGCCGGCCAGUGCUGCGACCCCUGUGCACGCUCCAGCAGAUCCUGCCAUAAAGCCAAAGUUUAAAUUCAAAUUCAGCGGAACGGCUGCGGCGCUGCCGGCCCAGCCGCCGCCUGCCAUGCCACCGCAGCAGCAGCGGCCCAGCGUUGCUCAAAGAGAUAGCAGCGGACAUCAGUCUUUCAAGGCUGCGUCGGCUCCUGCUGCUGAGGGCCCGCCCAAAGCAAAGAUAGGCCUGAAGGUCAAGUGGUCCGGCUUGAAGGCGGCGGCUGGGCCAGAGCCUGCAAAGGGCGCUCCUGGUCAUACAGCUGGCGCUGCCUCAGCUCCCACUGCAGUGCAAGGGAGAGGGACCGGCAAGCGAGACACUGAGGAGAAGAAACAGAGAAAGAAGCAAGCGCGACUGCUGAAAGAGAAGCGCAGUCUCGGCCUAUGA